AUGUUCUUUUUUCUUUUCUACACUUUGUUUUCUUUUCUUCACUUUUUCUUCAGUUUUCUUCUUUUAUUUUUAUUUACUUCUUUAUUUUUUUCUUUCUGCACUUUGCAUCCUAUUUUCAUUGUUUUUCUUUUUCUAUCUUUUUCAUUCUUUUUUUUAAAUUAUUUUUAUUCCUUCCUUCUUUUGAUAAACUCUAGCGUAUUUUUUUCUUUUAUGAGUCGUUUCUUCUUUUUGCUUUUGUUACUUUUUUAUUUUCAUCUGAUUUUUCUUAAAUCCUUCCCGCUUUUUUUCUUCAGUAAUUUUUAUUUUAAUUCUUUUUUCUUUAAUUUUUACCACUUAUUUUUUUUAAAUAACCUACGCAUUCUUGUUCUUUCUCAUUUCUUUUGUAAUUCAAUAUUUAAACGAGUUUUUUUCUCGUUUUUCAUUUCAUUUUCUGUUCCAAUUUUUACUUCUGUUAUCUUUUUACAUCGGCAUUUUCAUUUUUUAUCUCUUUUCUAUUUUUCUCUUUUUUCCUUAUUUUCUCAUCCAAAUCAUUUUUCAUAUACAAAUUUCCUGAUCUUUUCCUUCUUCUUUCUCUUUUCUUUACCUUUUCUUCUUCUUUUUUCCUUUUUCUUGUCUAUAUUUUUCUUUUUCUUCUCUUUCUUUCUCUGUUUCUUUGUUUCUUCUUUCCUUUUUUCACUUUCUUUCUUGCUUAUACCCUCUUCGUAUAUUGUUGUCCAUUCUUCUUUCUUUCUAUACUUUUUUACAUUUUUCUUUUCUCACUUUUUUCUUGCUUAUGCUUUCUUUUUUCUUUCUUUUUUACUUUCUUUUUUUUGCAUAUACCUUCUUAGUUUCCUUUUCUCUUUUUCUUUAUCUUAUUUUAAACAUUUCUUUUUCCUUUUUCUUCUUUUCUUCUUCUUUUAUUGUUUUGAUUGUCUUCUUUCUCUCAUUCUUUUUCUAUUUUAUUAUUCUUACAUUUAUUUCUUCCUACCUUUAGUUUUCAUCUUCUUUUUAUUCUUCAGCAUCAUAAUUUCCAUCUCAUUUUAUUUCAAUGCCAAAAUCGGGAGAGACUACAACAGCUGCGAAGACUUUCUUGGAAGACGUGCAGUAGGCAAGGUCAAUGACAAUGGCCUCCUCCUAUUCGGCAAGUGUGCAGAACACGGCCUCUCCAUUACCAACACCUUGUUCAGGAUGGCUGAUAAAUAA